AUGCAAGCCGCUCAGCUUGAAGGGCUUUCUGGCCUGGCUGAACCGGCGGCUCUGGCGGAGGUCUCUUCCCGAGAUCAGUUGUUGAGGAACCCGGUCCCCAAGAACGUCGCCUUCGAGCUUCUCCUGGAUGAGAACUCCAAGGUGCGGGCCCGGAUUCCGAUGCGCGUGCAGAUAUACCCUCAUGACACUACCGAUUCCAUCGUCACUACGGUCAAAAAUUUCUAUGGCAUCUACGAUGGCACUGCCAGUGGAGUGAGCUUCGAAGAUGAACAUGGGACCACUCUCAUCGCAAGGUAUGAAAACUUGAAGAAUAAUGGGACUGUAUAUGUCAGAGUCAUUCCCAUUCAAUCAUUUGGGGAUUCCUGUUACGGCGGCUAUCCCACAGAGCGCAAGCGCCCUAGCUUGGGCGAGCCGUUUCAGAUGACCGACGGCAUGGUCCCCGUCAUGGAUCAGCCAUCGCGACCAUCCUCACGUCUCGCAAGGAAGCGCAGCACCUCUCCCUCGAAUCGGAGUCUCCGCAGCGCUUCUCAGCACAAGCAGGGUUCUCGCAGUGGUCUGAAGAGUCGCGGAUCCAGCCAUGCCGGGUAUCCCGACGAGGAAGGUGGACUAAGCGACAGCGAGUCCACUUACAGUCGCAAAGCACGCGGCGACACCUUCGCCAGCUCCGACAUAAGUAUGGAAAAUAUACUUCAAGAUGGUCGUCGCAAACGACCCAAGUUUGACAGCUCGGAACUCCCCCUCUUCGCUCCUCCCCAAGUCCCCCUCACUACCUCAACCUCCUCCAUCUCUCCUCAACGUCGCUCGGUGGGACAAGAAGGCGCUGGCUCUCCAUUUGCCCGUCCCACCCACCGCCCAUAUAACUAUCAGCAAGCGCUGCCGUCGCCACAAAGCUAUGGACACAGUGAAUAUGGCACCCAGUCAGGGCGCAAUACUGUGUAUGCGACACCCAUGGUUCCCGACCAUGCGCAUCGAGUGCCGUAUAGCAAUUCCGGUGCGCGCGUGAGCAGCCAUGGCAUCUUGCCGACCCCCGACCCCACCAUCGCAAGCUGCAUCUCCGAUGAAGAUGUCGCAAUGCAAUUGAUUCGUCUAGGCGAUGCAUCGAACUUCUCUCAUGGUCGCACAUCAGCCUCAACGCUCGAUGAUGCCUUCAGUGGUGUUGCCGACGCCGCUUCUUCCACUGGCGCUACGAGCGACGGUGAAGACUUUAGCGAAGAGGAGGAUGACCUUCCUGCUCGUCGCAGACUUGACUCGAGCCCGAUGCUGCCACCUGGCGCUAUAAAGCGCCACCAUAAGCGCUUGGAUGAUAUCCUUCCCAGCGCGGACAGCAGUGAUCACAGCUCUGAUGGCAUUGACGAUGGCAUCAAGAGCGAAGGCGAGGAGGACGUCUUGUAUAAAGAGUUUGCUCCCAAGGCAAAGAAGCCCAAGAGCCGUCCAACGUCCGCCAAGGCUCGUGCCCCCAAGCCAUUGGCCAAGCAGACCAAGAGCAAGAGCAAUCUUGCUACCGUGCGCAAGCCGUCCGACAAGUCCACGGCACCGGUACCACCUCUCAGCCCAAGCUCCUCCCGCAAGGUGUCUGGUGGCUCUGUCAACUUUCAGCACCAGCUUGGUGCCGAUGAGGAGGAUCUCUCUACUAAGCCUCGCUGCCAACGCUGUCGCAAGAGUAAGAAGGGCUGCGAUCGCCAGCGCCCUUGUGGACGUUGCAAGGAUGCGGGGAUUGGCAUUGAAGGCUGUGUCAGCGAGGAUGAAGGCAACGGUCGCAAGGGUCGCUAUGGUCGUCACAUGGGUGUUCCUGUCAAGAAGAACGCCGACGGGGUAGAAGACGAGGGACAUGAGCUGCCACCGAUGCCAGGUACACCUCUAGUCGAUGCAGACCUUGUGGACAAGAACAAGAAGAGGAAGCGCUAG